GAAACCGAACACCGAGUUUGCACACCUCCCAUCCCAUCCCAACUCUACCACCACACCUAUCACCACCACUGCUAAGAUGGCCGUCAGAACGCAUAUCUGGGUCACGCUAUGGUUCGUGCUCACCGCACCUGUUAUUUUCUGGGACGUCGGGUACUGUCUCAUGAGACCACGCUCGAUGGUGGGUGGGGACCUCCAUUGGAUAUGGGAGCCGUAUGGGAUUUACCAGAAUAUCGACUUUGUGUAUGGAUUAAAAGCCCUCGAAAGUGGUGACGGGUUCACCAACGCGCAAUCCUUCCUCAACAUCAUAGAAACCCUCAUGAACCUCGCCUACGUCUACCUCGCCCACGUCUCCCACUGGGAACCCGCCCCUCUCCUCGGCUUCGCAGCCGCCACCAUGACGCUCUCCAAAACGGUGCUCUACUGGGCGCAGGAGUAUUACUGCGGGUACUGUGCUGUGGGACAUAACUCCUUUGAGGAUUUGCUUGUGUAUUGGAUUAUACCUAAUGGCCUCUGGCUCAUCGUCCCAACCCUCAUCAUCAUACGUCUCGGCAAGGACAUAUCAGCCUCCUUACGCGUCGCCUCUCGCGCCUCCACCAAAGCUGCUUCCGGAAAGCAACAAUGAUACCACGUCGACAUCAUUGAAACGUUGCCAUUACAUCGUUUUAUUUUGGAUCACAAAACUAACAACUGGAAAGACUGGGGGUAUUGGAGCCUAUCUUUGGAGACUCUUGCUGGAAUUCAAAAUAUGUAAAAAAAUAUGAAGUGAAUGAGGAGAAGAGGAAUCUGUUUAUGGUGAUGGGCAUGUACUAUAUCUAACGAUCUAUUUGCUUCCUUGUUAUCUCAUUGUAUUUAUCUGCUCGUCAGUGCUCAGCGUUCAGUACUCACCUUCAGAUUUUUAUUUUAUUUUUGGAAACGCUCAUGUGGGCCUGCUUGAUUAAAAUAAAUAUUCCUCAUGCCUCCGCUUCCGUUUAUUCGACAUACUUCUAACCUACUUACAAGAAUAAGUAUACAUACAUUGGGCAAAAUAAAAGAGGAAAAAGGUGUAUCACUGCGCAAGAGCAUCACCAUAAGUUAGGUAUCGUGCUAGCGCUCCAUGACAGACAACGAAGGAAAGAACACAAGAUGAAGGACGAGCGAAGGAAAAAAGAGAACUGAAAGAACUGAGUGAAAGGAAAGGGAAAGCAGCGUUAAGCCGUUGCAGAUGAAUGAGCGCUUAAUUUAAGGACAGACCUAGAUGGUACAGGGUUGAAUACAUUUACAACAAAGACAACAUCAAAAAACAGAGUGAAAAAGAAGGGGAAAAGGAAAGUGAAACAAGAAAGACUGCUACUGUUGCUGUUCAGACAGUAUUGAGUGGUUUACCGCGCGUGCUGUCAGCCUUAUCUGCCGACCCAAUCGAUCGCGGGAUAUCAAAUCCAAAUAGACAAGAAAAAAGAAUGGAAAAGGAGAAAGAAAAAAGCGAAAGAAAAAAGUGAAAGAAAGAAGAAAAAAAUGACUCAGUCCAUUUCCAUGUCCAUUUCCAUCCCAUCCCACCCCUGCUCCUUCUCGCUCUUCACCUCCUCCUCUUCCUCUUCCCGAACACUAAACCCAACUGUUGCCUCCUCUUCCUCCAUCUUCCACCCCUGCCUCGCAGAGCUCACCCGCCCCCUCGAGCUAAACCCAAACGCCUCCGCAUCGCGCACCACCACAUCCACAUCCUCAAACCCAACACCAUCUACCUCCCCUUC